UACUGGCCCAUAGGCAUAGGCGAAGUGCGGUAUUUUCAACAGUCAGUCAAUCUCCCCUGACACUUUGAAAAGUAACUUACACUAUUUUUUUACUCUACCCCGAUACUUGCAGGUCGACGUGAUCAUCUUUGCCCGUUACCCCUGGCCGAGAACUAGUGUUAGUAGUAGUACCGGUAGUGAUAAUGAAACGGUGGAGAGCUGUUGUAACAGUGCUAUUUGUGCUGCCAGUAGUUGUUGUUAGUAUCCAUCGAUGGCUGCUGGAUAAAUCCUAUGUCUUCACUGCAGACGAAGUCGCUAGCGUUGCAAGAAACGCACUAGAAAAUGGACACAACGGACCAGAGUCGUUUGAUUUCAUAAUCGAUGAGAUGCGUCGUCGCCAUCCCGGCCACAUCCUGCCCAAAGAGCAGAUGAGAUGGGUGUUCGUGAAUUGCGGUGGCUGGAUGGGUGCCAUGAAGCUACUGCACGCCUCCCUCACCGAGUACGUCAUCCUGUUUGGAACAGCUGUCAACACGUCAGGGAACUCCGGUCGUUACUAUGCCAACAUCACGGACACCAUCGUCAGUGGAAAGUUUUGGCAGUGGAAGGAAGGCGAGGAGAAAGCUGUCCUGUAUGGACCCGGCGACACCGUCUAUCAUCACAUGUUUGAAGUUGCCGCCGUGGAGUGGUCUGCCGACACCUGGAUGCUGGAGUACGGGCGCGGCUUGAUUCCCAGUACGCUGGGCUUUGCGCUGGCCGACACCGUGUUCAGCACAACCGACUUCUGGAACAUGGGUGUCCUGCUGCACCAGUACGGUCUGGGCCUCUGGCUCAAACUGAACACAUCCCUGCUAAAUCUGUUUGGAUAUCCGGCUAUGUAGGACUAUUGGUAUUGAUGUACUUGUUGUGCGCAAGUAGUGUUGGUACUGAGGCCAGUACAAUAACAUAUUGUGCACAAGUGCAUCAGGAUCCAGUAUAUCUCUUUUAAAAGAGAAAUGAUUAAUUUGUCUACGCCGGUAGAAAUGGAUUUAUUUUAGUUUAGUUUUGAAAUGGACUACACGUACGUAUUAAUGACAAUUGGCGAAUGGAAGUAACGAUCAUAGCAGUCAUCUUUGGAGUGCCUUUUUUGGGAUAUUAUUUUGGGAGAUACGGUAGAAUAUGAUGACACUCCUUCGGGAGAUUAAAAAUCACAAUUCGAUGUUGCUUAGCCCGUCUUCGAAGUAAAAGACUAGGGCAGCAAAAAUGA